GCCAGUCGAGAACCGUAGACAUGCGCGAGCGACGUUUUUGACGGACGCUGUUUGUUUUUAUAAUAAAAAUCCGUUAAAUCGUAGUGACCCUGACACAUAAGUGUUGAAAAAAACGUUAAUUUGUGUUCCAGAGCGUUUAACGCGUUCAUAUUAUGCAAAGUUACAUGAAGUAAUAACAAUGGAGGACAUUUACACGAUAAAAGUGAAAACAAAGCCCGACACACGAAAUUUAUACCCGUCGGAGAGGAGAUACUCCGCGUCGACCGUGUCGGGCCUGGGCUGGGUACAUCUGGCGCUAGCGGCCACCUCCUCUCUGCUGGCUAGCUUGGCUCUGGUAAAUCCGACUGCGAGCGAAAUAAACAUCGAAAAUAAUGACACGUUGAACGAAAACGCGACAAUUACAACACCCGAGCCCUAUAAUUACGGCUACAUGCUCGUGCUGGCUCCGACUUUAUUGGCGUUUUUCGCACUAGCUGCAGGUUGUGCAUCUAUUCUAGCGUCCGUCAGAUGGUAUGUAGACAAAAACAUUACAAUAUUGUUCACUAUGUCCAUCUUCUCGACGCUCGUGGCUCUGACAGCGAUCAUCAUGAUCUUCGUGUGGCUCUUCGAAACUGAGAACGACGUUACCGAGUUUUAUAAGGAGCAGAUUCCCUUCAAGGACAUACUCAUUCUCAAGCACACCGACAUUAUAGAGAAGAACGCAUCCCAUUUCGUCAUAAUGAAAAAUUCGACGGAAAUCAGGGAGGAAGACAGCAAGGUGUUCACGCAGCGAGUGUUGUCCAUAAAUAUAUUGAUUGCCGCAUUUCUCGAGCUGCUCUGGUCCAUUCUGAGCGUCAAGAUAUCCUACAAAGGCAUGAGAAACAACUACAAAGUGAACGAGGAGAGGCGCGGCAACUGUGUGUCCGUCGUGACUACGAUAAAAGGUAAUGACCCCAGGAAAAUGCCGCGAAAGUUCCUCAAACCCGAUCUCAUCGACGCCUACCCGAGCAGGAAGAUCAAGAAGAUUUUCCUGGCUCAGAACGACAACGGUUUUUACUUGAAGAACCAGAAUAACAAGACUAAGCAGAACACCGAAACGAGCUCGGAUUUCUACAAGGAGAGGAUGAAUAAUUUUCUGAACAGAUGCGCCUCGCUGGAGGCUGUCUCGAAUCCAGAGGGAACACCGAGCGUCCAAUCCGAAGCAGCAUUAAACCCCAUUCCAGAAAUAGUAGUAGAGGUCAAUCAAGAGAAAGAAUCGCCGAAAAACAACAGAAUAACUCCAGUGAGCUGGGGCGAUUCGCCCGACCACACGAUAUACAAUCAAAACACGAUAAACUUCGACAAAAUAUUUAGUUUUCGCAAGAAAACACAGGAGCCAGUGGACAAGGACAGUGAAAUUAUAAAGAAUAAUUAACUAUCCGUAACAGAGACUGAUAUUGGAAAGUGAUUUAUAUAGUGUAGACUUCAGGUAUUUAUAGACAUUAUAGACAGUGCUUAGUGAGUAAGAUGUAACAAAAUACUUAUAAAUAUUCGUUCUUUGAAAGAAUUACAUACAUUUAAAUUAUUAAAUAAGAAAAAGGAAAUGAAAAACUUGUUGAGGCAUAACGAUUACAAAGAAUAAAAUAUGUAGCAUACACAUAUAGAACUGGUUGCAAAAACCAGUAUUGAGAUUUAAUCCUUGCUGUGUUAGCACGAAAACCCUCUUGCCUAUAAUUUUAUCUGCAUCACCAGGAGAUAAUGGAUGCAAUUAUGCCGCUCUAGUAACGAUUUGCGACAGCAUACGUGAGGUCAUCGUCUUGAGAGGACGUCCUUCAGACUGGUGUUUGAGCGUGACCGUUUCUUCCGUGAAGCUAUAAUGUUACUAUUGUUUUAUGCUCAAACAGGUCUAACUGAUAAUAUGUUUGUUAUGCGUGCGUUUUGGACUUCCUAGUUCACUCCAAGUCAUAUUUGACGCCCUUGAUAUAAUUGUAGAAUAAACCGGGAGGACUUAGAGUGAAAAUAUUAAAGAGAGCGCUGUUGUGACUUGUGAACCCAUUGGGUUCAAAGAUCGAUCAGUAACUAUCUCGAUCUAAUGAGUAAUUAAUGGACCUACUGCAAUAUUACCUACAUUCAGACUAUGUUCAAUCUGAUCGUAAAUAAAGAGAAGAACACAGGUAAUGCUAGUAAUUUAAAAUACUACUUAAGUUGACUUAAACAUAAAACUCAAACUAAUUUGCAGUGA